AUGACAGUGAAAGUGUUUUUCGCCAUAAUGUUUUUUGCUUUGUUACUACAAAUUGUAGUUUUAGAAAGAAUUUCAGCAUCUGCACGGGCAUUCAGUCAUUACAAUUCUUUUCCUUCUGUACAUCAAGCAACAAUGCACUUUAAUAUGGCUAAGCGAAUGAAAGACUUAGAAACCCGCAUCAAUGCCAUGAAAGAGAAACAUUUACAGCAACAUAAGGACAUGAUGAAACGCAUGAAUCAACUCCGGAAACAAAUGAAUCAAGAACAUAAUGAAGAAUCUUUUCCACAUAACGAGCUAAGUCACACCUUAAAACCAGUUACAGUCCAACCAGUAUCUAAUUACCAUAGUGAUUUAACACAAAUAAAAACACCGGCGACAGAAAUAAAAAAUACAAGCGAACAAAUAUUUCACGAUCCAAAGAAACAAGAUGCCAAAAAUGACGUAUUAAAUACAUUUACGAUUCCUCCGACAUUAGCCCCGCAAAGUGAUUUUACAGAAACAAAAAGACCUACGGAGGAAAAUGCAAACACAAUAACCGAACAACCGUUUAAAAACCAAAAUGAAAACAUUCUACACCCUUUAAAUAACAUUUCAAUGGAUACCGUUAAUAGCAAAGACUCCGCCGUAGAAGAUUUCGACAUAGAUAUCCGUGAUGGUUUUAUUUAUAACUCAACUAAAAACGUCAAUCCUGGCCUAAAGAUAAAUCCCCUCAUUAUAGAAUUCCUU